UUACUUCAUGUCAGUAUUUGUCAGUAUUCAUAACGGUACUAUUGGCUCAGGCUGUGUGGUGUAAAAUAUUGUUAUCAAUUAUAUAAACACGAUCAAACAUAAAGUAUAUCGAGUACAACGCUAUCUUAUCUUGGGCGUGUAUAAUAAAUCGAUGAUGAUUUUAAGCUAAGCCAAAAGAAGAUUUGUAAUUUAUUAAAAUAUAACAGCAUUACAGGGAGUAAGGCAUACUAAAAAUCGGUGUAAAAUGCAGGCCACUCAACGGGAAACAGCAGUUUCUAUACCGCUUACACCGACGAGGUCGGAUUUAUAUUGGAGAAGGAUUUUUAACAAGUACGACAGAGACAACGACGGUCGGAUAUCAUACGUAGAGCUUAAAAACAUAAUCGAAUCAAGGGAAUACGAUCAUGACCUACCCGAUAAUGUGGUGGAAAAGAUCAUGGCAUUGGCAGACCGUGACAACUCAGGUUACCUCGAGUUCGCCGAGUUUGUGGAGAUGAUGCACAACCCAGCUUUGAAAGCUGUGUUUGGGCACUUUGUUGCGAGAUAUGUGCAUUCAAUUAUACCACAUCGAGGACCAGUGGAUACAACAGGAAGGUGGUCUGGAUUCCAGCCAGUCUCUUCGUCAGAUGGCGUCCGAACUCGUAGCAAGGCAGUAUUCACGUACACAGACGGAACCUACGAGGAGGAGUACAGUUGCUGGCCACCAGCCAUCUCCAUGAUCAUCAUAUCCCUGGUGGAGAUUGUCCUGUUCUGCUAUGAUGAAGCCCAGGGGAAAACAGGUGCGACCGGACCGAUAGCGAAACUAUUCCUAUACAACCCACGGAAAAGACAUGAGGCAUGGAGAUUCCUGACAUAUAUGCUGGUACAUGUAAACGUAGUACACCUACUUGUCAAUCUUCUGGUGCAGCUGUUCCUCGGAGUACCACUGGAGAUGGUUCACAAGUGGUGGCGAGUGGUUCUCGUCUACCUGGCCGGAGUGGCUGCCGGGUCACUUGCCACCAGUCUGGCUGACCCCAAGGUCUACCUUGCAGGCGCAUCUGGUGGAGUGUAUGCGUUAAUUACGGCGCAUAUUGCUACUAUUAUUAUGAAUUGGGCAGAAAUGGAGUUUGCAAUAAUCCAGCUGCUGGUAUUUGUUCUUUUGGCGGGGGUGGACGUCGGUACAGCGGUGUACGAUAGAUAUUGGAAGCAGACGCAGCAGAAUAUUGGUUACGUCGCACAUCUUGGAGGUGCCGUUGCUGGACUGUUGGUCGGAAUUGGCGUACUCCGAAAUCUAGAAAAGCGCAAGUGGGAGAAGAGGCUGUGGUGGGCGGCAGUCAUACUAUACUUCUCUUUGAUGAUCGCCGGAAUUCUUGCCAAUAUCUUCUGGGAGUCACGGUUCCUAUAAAUGAUCUCUACUUAAUAAUAAGUGUAAAAAUAAAAUGAUUUAUUGCAUGGAAUGUCAAGAAUAUUUUGACGGGAAUGAAACGUUUUAAGUAAAUUUUUGAUAAACAUACAUUAAAUAUUAAUUACGAAAUUAUUUUUAGAUUGUAAAUUCUUAAUAAAUUUUUAAACUUACGGCAAAACCGUUGGUAUGAUGCCUUGACCUUUUGUAAUAGUUGGGAUGUUGAUUUGGCCGUAUUGCCAGGGUAAUAUUGAUAUUUAUAUGGUAGCUACCUACCUGAGGCAUUUAAGCUCAAGUUAUAUUCACUCAUAGUAAUUGCUGUACUUGUUAAUUCCAUAAAAUUUACGUUUCGUAGUAAUUAUGAAAGGUACUUCGAUUAUGAACCCGGCGGUAGUGUGAUUGAAAUUGCUAACGAGCGGCUAUUAGAUGAACCGAGACGGUAUGCAUUUAAAAAAUAUACACUUUACUGGAUUAAUACAAGUAUUAUUAUCACAAUUUUAAAAUUAUUUUAAAUAUAAAAUGACACAUCCGGCUCCGGUCAAGACAUCAUAAUUUACACUCAAAAUUAAUAAUUUUAAAAUUGUGGAAAAUAUUUUUUUAAAUCGAAGUCAGAAUGACAUUUUAGAAAAGCGGCCGUUUGAGUAUGACCUAAGCAGUAUAUGGUUGAGGGGGGGG